AUGUCUCUCUGUCUCUCUCCUCUCUAUCUGCUCUAUCUGCUCUAUCUGCUCUAUCUGCUCUAUCUGCUCUAUCUGCUCUAUCUGCUCUAUCUGCUCUAUCUGCUCUAUCUGCUCUAUCUGCUCUCUCUUGCUCUAUCUGCUCUAUCUGCUCUAUCUUGCUCUCUCUUGCUCUAUCUGCUCUAUCUGCUCUAUCUGCUUUCUCUAGCUUUUUCCUUUGUGUCUUUGCUCUUUACUUCUCUCUUCUCAAACCAAUUCUGCUUUCUCUUGCUCUCUCUUGCUCUUAUUUUCUUUCUCUCGAUCUGCUCUUACUUGUUCAUGAUGACUAAAACGCGACCCAGCAUCGUCUCGCCCCUCGAUUGGACAACGUAUCAUCCCUUCGGAAAAGCGAACGGGACCAUCGCAAAAUGA